AUCCCUGCACCUGCUGCAACACUAGUCUCUUCACUAAUCCACCGUUGCCGUUCUACAUUACAAGCUGUAAUCACACGCUAAGAGAAAAAAAAGAAGUUGACAGUCCAAGAUAAAGAGCUCCUCACUGUUACGGACCCCAGCCAGGCCCAGAGAGAGGAGAGAGCAAUCCUCACUUACACCCACACACUCAUCGCCUUCGUCUUCAACAAUUCCUCCCCAAUUCCCCUCUCGUGCGUUCUUCCAGCUCACCGACCGAUCUCCUUCCUCAUUUGGCCGUUCCCGGUAGGAAUGCUAGCGAGCUAGCCACCAACUCCUCGCUGCUCCCCAAGAAACGAGGAGAAAGUGGGCAAGAACCAGUCCGCGACUCCGGCACGUUCUCCUGCUCCACGUCCACUCCGCGCGCUUGACCUGCCACCAGCAGCGAGAAGCGGCGCGGAUCAAGAGGCCACGAACCGGAUCGGCCGGUCGAUGAAGCCCUCCGCGAGGAAAGACCCCGCCGGCGGCGGCGCAUUCGGUGUCUCUUGCUUCGACAUCAAGUCCUUCGUCGCCUCCCUCGCGCUCCUCACGCUCGUCAUGGCGCUCUGGCAGCUCCACCCCUACCAGCCGCUCCUCUCCGCUUCCCGCUCUUCCUCUUCCUGCCCACUCCUCACCCGUUCGCCCACCACGGCAUCUUCCCACUCCGCCGCCGCACUCCCAUUCACCAACUCCACCUCCGCGGCUGACACUACACCAUUGACCAUUGCCGCCGCCGCGGCGACGAGGCCGGCCGUGCUGCCGGCGGCCCGGCCUUGGGACCCGAACAAACGGGAGCUCCGGCCGUACGGCAGCGCGGCGGCGCUGUUCGUCCAGAUGGGCGCGUACCGGGGCGGCCCGCGCACGUUCGCCGUCGUCGGGCUGGCCUCCAAGCCGGCGCACGUCUUCGGCACCCCCUACUUCAAAUGCGAGUGGGUGCCUAACCCGGACCCGGCGAGCCCGUCGGCGCCGCGGCCCGUCCGGACCAAGGCCUACAAGAUGCUCCCCGACUGGGGCUACGGCCGCGUCUACACCGUCGUCGUUGUCAACUGCACCUUCCCUACCAACCCCAACGCCGCCAACCGCGGGGGAAAGCUCCUCGUCCACGCCUACUACUCCACCACCUCCCGCCGCUACGAGCGCUUCAUAGCGCUCGAGGAGGCGCCGGGGUCCUACGAUGAGGCCCGCUUCCGGCUUCCGUUCCCUUACGAGUACCUCUACUGCGGCUCCUCGCUCUACGGCAACAUCAGCGCCGCCCGCAUGCGGGAGUGGCUCGCCUACCACGCGCACUUCUUCGGACCCAGGUCGCACUUCGUGCUCCACGACGCCGGCGGCGUUAGUCCGGAGGUCAGGGCAGUGCUGGAUCCGUGGGUCAGGUCCGGCCGGGUCACCGUCCAGGACAUCCGGGCGCAGGCGGAGUACGAUGGCUACUACUACAAUCAGUUCUUGGUGGUGAAUGACUGCCUCCACCGGUACAGACACGCGGCGAAUUGGACCUUCUUCUUUGACGUCGACGAGUACAUCUACCUUCCGGACGGCCGGACGCUGCAGGAGGUGCUCGGGCAGCUAGAGCAGUACACGCAGUUCACCAUUGAGCAGAACCCCAUGUCCAGUAAGCUCUGCGUGGAGGAUCCGACCAAGGACUACACGAGGGAAUGGGGUUUUGAGAAACUUGUCUUCCGUAAUUCAAUCACUGGAGUUAGACGAGACCGCAAAUAUGCAAUCCAAGCUCGGAAUGCAUACUCCACAGGUGUGCACAUGUCGCAGAAUUUCUACGGGAGGACAACCCACAAGACGGAAAACUUGAUCAGAUACUACCAUUAUCACAACUCGAUCAACGCCAUGGGGGAGCCCUGCAGGGAAUUUGUGCCAAAACCCACCAAUGGGAGUAAGGUAAUGUUCGAGGGGAUACCAUAUGUGUACGAUGACAGCAUGAAGCAUGUGGCAGGGGAGAUCAAACGCUUGGAAGAGGAUACAAUCAGGGCAACCCAUGCAUAGCAUUGGGGCAAAAGACCACCCGUACAUACACAGUUCUAUUAUUUAGGAUCCCUUGUGUCCAUCUGUUCUCCAUGAAUCUCAUCUUAUGAGCUUCCAGCGACCACUCCAACAAGCAGAGGUGAAGAAUCUGUUUUUGGGGUCCAGUUAGUGUAAAGUUUUAUUUUGUUUUUCUCAGCGUCCUCCUCUCUAUGUAGGGAGCAAUGGCUUUAUGCUGCAUUUUCCUUCCAUUUAUUUUCCCCUUUUGAUGUUGCUUACUAUAUCUCUUUAUAGAUUUGUGUAGACUGACUGUCCUGACCUUUAUCAGAUUCCUCUCAUCUCUUGGGGCAGUGUAAAGUAUCAGAUUAUUUAACUUAACCUCUGUUCUUACUGGAAUGAAUCUGUAUGCAGCUUUCAACUUUGUUUCUGUACAA